AUGGCCUACGCCCCUCAGAUUCCCUUGGUGAACCAGGCCCUGGUCAUCAUCAGCCCGGAGCACUACAACAACCUCCUGAAAGGCCAAAGGGUGAUUCACGAUGGAGCCCUCGGUGGCGACGACAGGAGCCCUCUCAAAGCCGUUUUGCCCUGGCUCUCCGCGAGGUCCCUCGCAGGAGACGUGCGGGUGCUCACACCGACCGGCUGGGGUGGCUUGUCUCGUCCGUUCUUCGUUUCGAGCCAGGCAGGGGGUCUCUACAGGCCAAAUCCCUACGAGUACGAGUACGAUGUCCCGAAGGAGCCCCUAUGGAAGCUCAAGUCGGAGUUGUGUGAGCUUGCCGUCGCAGGCUUGGGUCCGGUGCUCUCGAUCAUGCAGGAUAUGGGGAACCAAGUCCGAUGGCAAGGGUCGCGGCCGGGCAAGAGCGUGGACGUCGCGACCGCGAUGGCCGUGAGCGCCGUAGGUCCCCGGGUCAAAGAGAUCGCAAAGAUUUCAGAUCUAAUGGGGUCGGGCCCCUUGCUGUCCUCUUCCAGGCUUCACGUGUACUCAACCGGGAAUGGGCUGAGCCCUUUGUUUGUGAAAGAAGUGCUGCAGAAUCUCCAACAGGCAAACUCGUUGGACUGCAUCGGGGCCGUGCAGCGCCAAGAACCGCCAGAAGACAUGUCAGCACCAUGGGUUCUCAGUGUCAGUUUCCGCCCAAACUGGCAUGGGAACAUGGCCCGGACUUGUAUGGUGUCGGCCGAGGUCAAGUCUGCGGUGGGCAAAAGGGACGGGUCCGGUGAUGACAGCGUGAGCUGCCAAGAGGUUGCUGAGGGAUGCAUGACCGUGAUUCCGAGGUCGCCAAGAAAGUCCAUUGUGCCGCCGCCGCCAAUAGGCCUGUCGCUGCCCGUUGGCGAAGACGAUCGGGUUUUCACGAAGUUGUUUUUUGUUGUCAUCGCGUUUGCGAUUGCAAUGCAGAGGAUUUACGGUUGUAAGCCUGUGGGGGAGAAUUCGAAGGCUUUGAAUGUUUGGGACACCGGCAUGCACUACUUGGUUCUGGGCGUAGAUGACCAUUGUGGCAGUACAAGCCAUGCCACGAAAAUUCCAACGGUGAGAAUGGGGCUGAAGGAAGGUGCUCGACUCUCUGCAAUCGGCCGAAUGGCCCUCCGAGACAAGCCGAGCCAGCAGCAACACUCAGCCGCAUUGUACGGCCACCCUGGGCCUGUUCAAGCCGGGCCGCUAGGUGGGCGGCUUUGGCCGCGGUACGCGGAGCAGGUAUGCGAGCGCCCACCCUUAGCUCCUCGCAAGGAGGCCGCCCGCACCCUCGAGGCAUCACCUUGUAGCCGGCCCCAGAGCGCCAGAGGCAUCCCUGGUGCCACGACGCGGUCGACAUCCGCACCCAGGUGUCCCUCCGGGCAGCGGGGCUCCUCACUGCCGCGGGAUGGGCCGGCCACGCAUCCAGGCCCACCGCAGAGAGCAGCUUCAUCCCUCGACUGCUCGGCCUACGACGUUCGUGCUGGAGCAUGCCCCAUGGGCUCUAUCCCGAUGCAGAGUCGCGCGGCGAUUGCCAGGAACAUCCUGGGCCCAGGUGGCGCCACGGCCUUGCAAGAAGACCUGGGCUACAAGAGGGCAGACAUGCCUGUUCCUUCAAGUCACUCGCUGGCGCAGACGGUAGAGAGCAUUCUCCAGGGCCUGCAGGCGCCGGAGGGCCUACAGCGCAGGCCGUCCGCGAAAGGCCUCCACCGGGAUCUUAGUGUGCCGACCAUGGUGGAUGAGGUCGUGCUCUACUCCGAGCCGGAGGACGACAGUGACGAACGACCAGGUCUUGGUUCGGUGCAGCCGCGGGGCCGUGCUGAGGUCAUGCUGCAAUGGCUGCGACCAGAUUCCAUUCAGGCCAAGAGCCGUGAGCGCCGGGAGGAGCGGCGGAGCGAAGCGCCCAGGCAGAAGCCCCUGGGGCUUCGCGGAGCCGCCCAGGCGUCCGAGGCGGCUGCAGAGCUGGACUGGGGCACCUUGUCGGAGACUUCGCGGCAGGCCAUCAAACAAUGGGUGGCAGGUCAGCUUGGAGGCCGGCAUUGUAUGCUGGUGCUGGAGCAAGGCUGUGCAGAGACGCUGCCGCUCCCCUUAGCCUCAGAGUCGCUGGCCACGCCAGACCUCCGUGGGGGCGCGGUGCUGAACGUGCUCUCGGGGCUCUUCGCCGAGGGCGGCCUCCUCAACCCGCCGAGCUCCGGAAGCGGCCUCUUCCAAGCUGUCUUCUCCAAGCACCCUUUGCAGGUUCUCGAAGAGGCUCUGGAGCAGUGCCUGCACGAAAUUAGCGACCCCCGCCUCGAGCGCGUGGGGGACCUUUCUCCAGACCAGGUGAAUCUCGCAUUGAAGCAGAUGUCCAUGAAGGCCCAGUUUGCCAGCUGCACAGGGCCAGGCGCUGAUGCGACGGUGUCCUCCCCUGCGGGCCCUGCGGGCGACGAGUGCACCAAGGUCCAGGUCUGGAUGGAGCUCGCCCGGCUACAUGUCGAGGGUUGGCCCUCGCACACCGGCCCGGGCCCCGUCCCAGCUCCUCAAGCGACGUCGAAGGAGCGGCCGGCUGCGCCGCGCCCAAGCUCUGACAAGAUCUUCGGAGAUGGCGGAGUUCUCAAAGAGCUGGGCAAAGAAGAGUUUGAGCUCGAGGCUGAGUCGCAGCAGAUGUCCCUAGAGACGCUCCGGGCACAGAAUCGGCUCAUCGAGGAGUACGUCAUGCGCCUUGUGCGGCAGCGCGACGAACUCAAGCAGGUCACGAAGCUGGCGGAGGAGCGCGACUCCUACCACAUCCUCGGCCUCAGCGGUCCAGCCUGCAGCGAGGAGGAGGUCAAGAAAGCCUAUCGAAAUCUGGCGCGCAAGGAGCACCCCGAUAAGGCAGGCAUCGGCAACAAAAGGCGGUUUCAGGCGAUCCAGCAGGCGUAUUCGUCCAUCCUGAAACAGAGGCAGUUGGGCGGAGCUGCAACUGUCGCGGCAGAGGAAGACAGCUCACCUCCUGAGGAGGUCUGCGCCCCCUCUGCCGUCCUGGAAGAGUCUUACAGAUAUGCCCAGGAGGCCAAAGCCUCCGCGGAGUGCGUGGCACGCUGCGGCCACCGCGCACUCAGGAGCUGGGACGAGGGCGCUGAGGGCCAUGGCAAGCGCCGGGCCUUGCGCAGCCUUCGCGACCUCACCCGCCAAAGCGCGUCUGAGCUCCGAGGCGCCGCGUCCCAGCUGCGGGCCCUGUCGCAUGCAGCAGCUGCCUUGGCGAAGUGCGCCGAGGCGCUGCUGAGCGACUGCGCCGACCUCGCGGAGACGCUCAACUCCGCAACGGCGCUGCGUGACAGAUGUGCCAUGGCCGAGGAUGCAGGGCGCGCCUGCGGUGGCUCGGCGGAGCUCCUUGACAGGAUCAGCGAUGCCACAGAGGCGACUCUGCGAAAAGUGGAGAAGGCCUCGCCUGAGUCGCAGGGAGAGGCUCGCGGACGAUCCGAAGAGACGGCGAAUCUCCUACGCCUCGGAGCUCGGCUCCUUGCCGAGAGCCUUGCGCGCACGGCCGCGGUUGGGCGGCGCACCGCGGACGAGGCCAUCUCCGCUGCGCUGAAGGCCCUGGACCUCCACCGCGGCAUGAUCAUGCUUGACGUGGAGGCCCGGAAGGAGCGCGAGCGUCUCUCCCGCCGGCAGCGUUUCGACGACGACGACGGGCCGGUUGCUGCUGGAGAUGCGGAGCGACCGAAGGACCCCGCGAAUGCGAACGGUGCCCCAGGGCUUUCUGAUUCUCUGCCACCCGGGGCGAAGGCUCAGAAGCCGGUGCGCAGUACCCGGUAUGAGCGUGUCAACGUGGCGGUCACAUGCGGUAACGCCCUGGCCGUGGCCGUGGCCCUUGCCGUGGCCCCUUCCUUUCGCCUCGCCUUGCCUUUUCUUGAGUUCUCUGGCUUGUUCUCUUCUCGCUUUGUCAUUCGCCAGGGCGUGUUGAGCUUUGGGAAGCGAAUUGAGGUAUGGCUGCUGAGCAAUGAUGCUGCUGUGGCGGAGGAAGCGGAGGCGCUGCUCGAGGCACUGCAGCCGAAGGAGGCAAGCUUCGCUGGGGGUGCCCGGCACUUCUCUUGGCGCGGACUCGAGGUGGACUUCUACGAGCUGGACGAGGACCCUGGAGACCUGCUCUUCGGCUACGGCCUGUGGCCUGUCGCUUCCUCCCUUGCAAAGUUGCUGGCCAACGCCGUGCUGGAUGGUCAGGCCGCAGGGAGCCCGGUUCCGUCCGUGCAGGGCAAGUCCGUCUUGGAGAUCGGCGCCGGCGUCGGCCUGCCCUCGCUGGUCUGCCGAGCGCUCGGCGCUGCCCAGGUAACGCUUACAGAUGCGGAAGAGCGCUUGGUGAACGCCCUCCAGGAACACCACGGCCACCACCCCGAGCUGCGCUUUGCGGUGCUGGACUGGAAGGUCGAUGCAGGAGAGGAGUCGUACGACGUGAUCCUUGCCUCGGACAUUCUGCUCGCCUGCUGUGAGGGCCCGAUCUUCGUGCCCCGGCUCGUUGGCCGGCGGCUGCGCCGAAGCCCGGAGGCUCGAGCGCUGCUGCUGAAUGCGCACCGGGGGGAAGCGUCUCAAGCGACUGCAAUGAACGAGAUGCGCAAGCAGGGUUUCAUCGUCUCGUGUUUCGCGGUGACGUCUUCACAGGAGCUGCGUGCCGUCUCCGAGGAGCGCCUCGCAGCUCUACCGCAGAUGGCCCGGCGCUCGGUAGUGAUCCAGGGCUUCCGAUUGCCGAUCCUUCCGGCAAUUGUAAAGGGGAAGGCCCGAAACUUGCGAACUUUGUGUUUCCAGGAGUUUGCCGCACUUGCCACAAAUAUCUCCGUCUUGACACGGAUCUCCUCUGUUACAGCUGGUCUCUGCCAUCCCCUGGGCAAUUGCUUUGUGAGCCUUCAGGCCAUGACAGGCAAGGGCCUCCUCCUGGCCCGGAAUGCCCCGCGCAGCGCGCGCGGCGCUGCGGCCGGCGCUGGUGGGUGCAACGCUUUCGCGAAGUUGGUCACCUCUGGGCGAAGCUGGACCCGCUUGGCCGCUGCCGCGGAUCACUGGCACGCUGCCCGGACUGGUGGAGCGAGGACCAGGCUCACGUGGAGCAUCCGCUGCUGGGCUGACUUAUACCCUGAGUUGCUGAAUUGCUGCGGCAUCGCGGACGUUGCAAAGGGUGGCCUCGGUUCCCCUUCCGACUUUGCAGCAUCAGCCGUGCUCACCGGUUCCACGCCCUCGGCGCCCUCCACGCCCCGUCGGCUCUUCGUGCCGAAGGGGCUGCUGCACGCAGAGGGUGGCCCUUGGUGGAGCCGCGAGGAGCUCCUGCACCUUCUCGAGGCAGCGUACUGCGGCCAUCUGAGCUUUGAGGUCAACCACCUGCCGAGCAUGGAACAGAGAAGGUGGUGGUACCACGCGGCCGAGGCUCCACGUCCGCCCCCGCCACCCUGGAGGAGGCGAGCCAUCCUCGCGAGGCUCCUCCGCGCCACACUGCUUACGCAGUUUCUUCGAGCCAAGUUCCCGGCAACGAAAUGGUUUGGUCUUGAUGGCAGCGAGGUGCUGCUUCCUGGCCUCUACCGGCUCUGCUACGGCUCCGCUGCCCGAGGGGUGGAGCAGAUCGAGAUGGGCAUGCCGCAUCGAGGCCGCCUGAACAUCCUGGCAAAUAUCCUGGGCAAAGAGCUGAGCCAAAUCUGCUGCGAGAUGCGCGAGGAUCAGAGCGACUUCCACGUGGGAGACGUGAAAUACCACACCGGCUACGUCGGCGAGCUGCCGACUUUGGAGGCCUGGUGGCACGAGCGCUUCGGGGCGUCCGAUGGCGACGAGAGCGGGAAGGGCAUCCGACCUCCUGUUGUGACGAUCACGCCCAAUCCGAGCCACUUGGAGAUGGUGACUCCUGUGGUGCUUGGAAAGGUCAGGGCUCUGCAGGACUCUGAAGCUUCUGGUCGCGGUGUGCAGAGCAUCAUGGGGAUUGUUCUCCAUGGCGAUGCCGCCUUCGCAGGCAGCGGCAUGGCCUUCGAGGCGCUCCAGUUGUCAGAGCUUCCCGGCUACGGCACCGGCGGCACUGUCCACGUGGUUCUCAACAAUCAGGUCGGCUACACCACUACGCCGAACGAGGGCCGAUCGGCAGCGCACCCGAGCGACGUGGCCAAGGCGUUGGACGUUCCCAUCAUCCACGUCAAUGCUGACGACGUCGAAGCAGUGGACCGUGCGUUCGGCUUGGCAGCCGAGUGGCGAGCAGAUUUCCAGCGCGAUGUUGUCAUCGACCUCGUGGGCUAUCGCAGGUUUGGCCACAAUGAGACCGACCGGCCAGAUGUAUUCCACCCACUCUCAUACGCACGGGUCCGCGAACAUCCGGAGGUUACGAAGAUCUACGCAGCAGCUCUGGCGCGUGAGGGUGUGGUCAGCGAGUCUGAGGUAGCAGAAAUGCGCGAGGCAAUCUGGAGUAAUCUGGACGCCGAGUUCUUGCACAAAGACCGGCACAGGAAGCACGGCAUCGAUUGGGUCUUGCAGAAAUACCGCGGCCGAAUCGACGAGGGCCGGCGGCCCAAGCAGGUGAAGGGCGUCACGGGCGUGCCCCUCGAGACGUUACGCCGGAUUGGCCACGCCAUGACCGGGAUCCCCGAGGGCGUCACCUCGCACCCGGAGGUCGAGAAGCUUCUGCAGAAGCGCCGUGCCAUGUUCGGGCCAGGAGGUCGUGUGGACUUCGCCACGGCGGAACAGCUCGCUUUCUGCUCCAUCCUGUUGCACCGUGAUAUUUGGGCGGGCGAUGCUGGAGCAACGGGGAGCUGGGCAGUUGCCGGUCACGAGAGGCUGCCGAACCGCAACGUCCGGCUGGCGGGCCAGGAUUGCGUGCGGGGCACCUUCAACCAGCGGCAUCUCAUCGUCCAGGACUCCGUCAAGGGUGCCGGCGUGUCGCUGCUUCCCCAGGCCCUGGCGCCGGGAAACCAGGCCAACUUCUACGCGUACAACAGCCCCUUGUCCGAAGCUGCGGCCCUGGCCUUCGAGUACGGCUACUCGCUGGGCGACGAGGAUGCCCUGGUUUGCUGGGAGGCCCAGUUCGGAGACUUUGCCAACUGCGCACAGGCAGUGAUCGACGAGUUCAUCGUUUCCGGAGAAGAGAAGUGGGGGCAGAGCUCACGGCUUACCCUUCUGCUGCCUCAUGGCUACGAUGGCCAGGGUCCCAACCAUAGCAGUGCGCGCCUGGAACGCUUCCUGCAGCUUACCAACGACGAUCCCAACCACCUGCCGGGCAAUUCGCCUGAGGAGCUGCGGGACAUCGAGCGCGCCUUCGAUAUUCUGGAUGCUGAUGGUGCUGGCAUCCUCGAGGAGGGCGCCGUCAAGAGCUACAUGGAGAGGUUGCCGGCUUUCCAGUCCCGCGAGUUCGAAGACGAGUGGGAGCUCUGGCUGAAGGUCGCCCGGAACAUGAACCCAGAGGCCACGGGCAUCACUCGGAGAGACUGGCGGAUGAUCAUGCAGCAGCUCUACCGCCGCAAUGCCGAGAAGGACACCAACAUCUUUGUGCUGAAUGUCACCACCCCCGCACAGUACUUCCAUGUCCUCCGGCGCCAAGCUCACCGGCCUUUCAUGAAGCCGUUGGUGCUCAUGUCACCGAAGUACUUGCUGCAUCAUGCCAAGGCUACCUCGUCACUGGAGGACUUUGGUGAGCAGAGUCACUUCAUGCGUGUCAUUGUGGACUUCAGCCCUUUGGGGAAGGAGUUUGCCAGCCGCUCGGACAACACGCGACAUCUCAGCACCACCAGGAGCGGGCGGCCCCUCACCGACCCUCCCGAGGCAAUUCGCCGCGUCAUCCUUUGCAGCGGGCAGGUCUACUAUAUGCUCUCGAAUGCUCGCCGGGCCAAGAAGAUCAAAGACAUCGUUCUCGUCCGCCUGGAGCAGAUUGCGCCAUUUCCCUACGACCGCAUCAUCAAAGCCCUCUCGUAUUACCCGAACGCCGAUGUCGUCUGGUGCCAGGAAGAGCCGAAGAACAUGGGAGCCUGGUCGUACGUCUCGCCGAGGCUGGCCACCUGCGUUGAGAAGGACGUGGCGUUCGUCGGACGGCCAGUGAGCGCGGCGCCGGCCACGGGCUCCGCGCAGAUCCACCGCGAGGAAUGGAAAGAUGACAUGGAAGAUUAUGGUCAAAAUGUGAAACAUGCGGAAAAUGAUCACAUCUCGCGCAUGAUUGCCUGCGUUGCAGGAGACACGGCUUAUCCUAGACAUGGCCUUUGCCAACUGAGCACCAGCUGCCUUCGCGACGCCAAAGUACAGGUGAUGUUUGUGCGUGCCACCGCUGAGAUCAGUACUGCGCAGAGCACCGACAAGAAGACCGAGGAGAAACCGAGGACCCCCAAGUCGCGGCCGACGACGCCACAGGUGACCCAAACCCCACGGGACCAGCUGAAGUCAGCGGCGCGGCGCGUGAAGGAGCGCCACGUCACGCUCCGCGUGAAGAACCUGCGUUUCAUGGCCAGCCUCAACGAAGAGGCGCUGCGGACGCAGGGCCGCCUCUGGGCGCUGCUCGAACGCAGCGAGGGCGCUCUCCUGCCGGAGAUCUCGGUGACGCAGAAAGGGGUGAUCUUCGACCUCGUUGCCCAGCUCCUCGACUUCGCGCUGAGCGAGGCUGGGCGAAUGUCGGGCAAUGCAUCGAUGCCUCCUGUCCGGGUGUUCGAGAGGGCCUUGUCUUUCGCCCUGGCCCUGGAGCACGGCAAGGAGAUCGCUGUACCAGUGGACUCUCGGACACAGGCCCUCAAGCUCGCCUCGCUCAUUGACACACAACUCCUCUGCCAGGUGGUAACAGGUCCCUUCCGCCGUCGGCUCCUGGCUCUGGCACGGCGGCGGGCGGAGGGUGGCUAUGGAGGCCAUGGCCGAGCCGCAUCAUCGGUGCUGAAGGCCUGGGAAGAUGCAGCGAACGGCUGUUGCGAGCGUGUGGCUUCCUGCAUCCAGCAGGCUGUGGAGCGUAAGCCGGAGACUGGGCGCCAUCAAGGGCACCAAUCUUUUGCGAUGGCAGACGUGGCUCCGCGUUUCACCGCGCACCAUGUGGGCCAACUGCCGACUAUCCACAAAUGGAGAACUACGAUGUGCAGCGACCCGAAAACAGCAGAUUCACUGCAACUGGGCGAUCCCAUGUGUGCUCUGCCCAAUGCUAGAGACAUUGAGAACUUGUUUCUCCAAUCGCCUUUCCGAGGAGCCGGCAAUGCGCGCACCCAGGUCUUUUCCCAUGACCCCGCGGAGAUUGGUCAAAGCAGGGGACAAGUGCUGAAGUCAGCCACCAAGCUGAGCCUGUCCGCAUGUUUCCACUGGCGCUGCCGUGGCUGGGCAAUAAUGGCGCGGCAACGGGGAGUUGUCGCGCUCCUCCUUCUGCACAUCCGCGCCGCCUUGCGCUGA